CUUGGAAGUGGCGGUUGUUUCAACAUGGCGAUUGCCGCAGAGGAACGAAACAAAUCUGGGAUUUUCUGGAUGAAUGACACUCAUUUCAGGCAUAUUUGUUCAAGAGAGUAGAUUGUUGGCGUCCUUAACGUUCACAGCAUCAGACGACGAUCAACCAAUGGUAUUCGUCCCAGGAGUGAGCAGGAAACUUGGCCUAAGUCGAGGACCAGGGGUUACUGGAGAGGGGAAGGGCAGAGUACAGACAGUCCAUAAGAAAGUAAACCCGAGGGGGCCAAGCCAGCAAUCGUCCCACUCUGUCCCGUCUUCUGAGGGGAAGUCCUCAACAAGGACGACCCCCUCUACCAGACCUGCUCUAGCUGAAGCCAGGUCUUCAGCUCCAACCCACAAACCCUCUGAGAAUCCAUCUAGCUCACUAGAAGCGGGCCAUGCUAACACCAAGCCCUCACUGAAGGACCUCUGCCCAGAAGACAAGCGGCGCAUUGCCAACCUCAUCCAGGAGCUGGCCAGAGUGAGUGAGGAGAAGGAGGAGUCAGUCCAGAAGUUGAGAGAUGAACAGGAGACGUUUGAGAGGAAAAUCCUGGAACUGGAGCAGCAGAACCAGUUCAUCGUGCAGGAAAGAGAAAGCCUGAAGCAGCAGUACAGGGAGUGUCAGGAGCUGCUGUCUCUCUACCAGCAGUACCUCUCACAGCAGCAGGACAAGCUCAACCAGUCCAUCGCCGAGCUCAACCAGGCUCGCUCCCACACCAAGGCCUCCAGAAGUGAAAGGUCAAGCCAUCGGUCUCGCUCCGUGAAGCCCGGGAUGCAGGACGGCUCCUAUCUGGACCUCCCGUCCCCCCGGGAAACGCCCUGUCACAGCGCCACCGCUCCCGUGGCCCGCGCCCGUUCCCUAUUGGCCAAUCACGGCCGAGCCCCGGCCACACCAACUCCCGCCCCUCUCUCCUCCACUGACUCUUCCUCCGUGAGCGACUCCAAGAACAGGUCGGCCGUUCGGCCCAGGAGAGACCACUGCGCCUGCCCCCACCCCCACCCCCACCCCCAGGGGCGCGAGAGCGGGGCAGAGGAAGGGGAGCGGCGGGGAGGGCAGGUGGCAGCAGCAUCAGCAGCGCCCCCUCCUGGCUGGGAGGACUGGGAGGAGCGUCGGCGGCGCCUGGUGGAGCAGAAGAGACAGCUGGAGCAGGAGAGGGAGCGGCUGCAGCAGAGACUGGCCCUGCAGGAGGAGCGGCUGAGCCAGCAAAUCCAGGAGACACGCCUGCUGAGUGACGGGCUCCAGGACACAGACGCUGCUGGGUUGGAGAAGCCUCUUCCCAAUGGCAGCCUCCUGGUCCAGCAGCCGCUGGUCAAUGGCUGUGGGGGACACAGUGAGGAUGGGGGGAACAUGUCCCGUCUAGUAGGCCCUGCUGAUGUUCCAAACAUUGAAGUUCUUCUAUGUAAGGAUCCAAACUCAGCACCUCCCAAACACUUGACCUUACAAGAGCCCCCACCCCUGACCAAAAAGGACAUGGCCACCUCUCCUGCUGCCCCCUUCAUGCCCCCCGCAGUCCCCGUCAUGCCCCCCUGCCUCCCUCGCACCCCGCACCACCCUCGCCGUGCCAGCCCCAACUCGUCCUUGAUGGAGCUGCUGGAGAUCUUCAGCCCUGUCUCCCUGGCGGAGUGUCCGGGCCACACCAGCGCGCCCCCACCAGCGCGCUCCGGCCCCCCCACCACGGCCUCCUCUCCCCAGCCUCGCGCUCCUGCCUGCCCCCCCACCACGGCCUCCUCUCCCCAGCCUCGCGCUCCUGCCUGCCCCCCCAGGACCCAGAGGAGAGCCAGAUACUGGAGGACAUCUUUUUCAUCUGCUGAGCAUCGUUCUGUGCACACAUGCAAAUACAUGACCUGAGAGUGCACACACACACACACACACACACACACACACACACACACACUUGUGACUGUAACUGAAGGCCCAGUCAGUGUAAGCAGUGUGUCUUUUGAUCACCACUGUAAUGCUUUACAAGAAGCCUCAGUGAAUAAAUUUAACUUGAGCUGGAAGAGGCAGGCUUUGCUUUUAGUGCCUGAGAGGUGAACCACAUAAGAAACAGAGGAAGUUAAUGAAAAACAAGGGAAAGAAAGUGAGAGGGAAGACAGACUGGGAUACCGAUGGUUAUAUUGCCUUGCCACAUAGUGUUGAAUUGGGACAGGCUAGUACUGUAUGUGCAUAUGUUUGUGUGUGGGUGAGAGUGUGAUGUACACAUCAGUUAGUUUGUUUGUUAUCAGUGAGGAGGAAUUAACAGUGAUGUUAGUAAAAGGAAAUUCUCUCUCAAACAUACAGACAACUGCCCCCCACCCCAACACACACCCAUACAAGUCACUUGUUGUCCUUAUUGACAUUCCAAAUGCCUUCUUGCAUAGUCUCAAUUACUCGUAACCAAAUCAUGAUGUGGUUGAUGCUUUAUUUUAAUAUCUUUUUUACUUGUGUGUUUUUAAUGUCAACAUAUUAAAAUGUAUUUAUAUAA